AGCAAUGCCACAACCAAGUUUCUGCAGCUGGAAGAGUUUCAGUGGACUAUAGACUCGUCACAGUCGUGCGUUCAAAGAGCGCGCACACAGCAGUUCUGCGUUGCGAAUUUGCUUUGCACAAUCCGCAGAAGAAAGGAUCCACCAGUGGACUUUCUUUAUUCUGGGGGGACUGCUUUCACAAUGAGCGCCGGACAGACGUACGAGAAGAAGAUUGCGAGUAUUUUGACCGAUCUCCCAGGAUCUAUGAGUUGCCAUCCGAACUCCAAGGACUCCCCUACUCUGCCCGAGUCGUCCGUGACGGACAUGGGCUACUACAGUGGACAGACGGCCCACGGCCAUCAUGAAUAUUAUCAAAGUCAGCCGUACGGGCAGCCCAUGAACUCUUACCAUCACCAGUUUAAUCUGAACGGAAUGGGAGCUGCUGGAGCGUACGCCACCAAAUCUGAAUACCCAUACACGAAUGGCUACAGACAGUACGGACAUUACAACAGAGAUCACCUGCAAGCUUCACCUCCGGGCUCAGUGAAAGAAGAGCCAGAGCCGGAGGUUCGUAUGGUAAAUGGAAAGCCGAAAAAGAUUCGCAAGCCGAGGACGAUUUACUCUAGCUACCAGCUUGCUGCUCUGCAGAGACGCUUCCAGAAGGCACAAUACCUCGCCCUGCCCGAAAGAGCGGAGCUGGCGGCUCAGCUUGGCCUCACUCAGACGCAGGUCAAGAUCUGGUUCCAGAACCGGAGAUCCAAGUUCAAGAAGCUGUACAAAAACGGCGAGGUUCCCUUGGAGCACAGUCCCAACGCCAGCGACUCCAUGGCCUGCAACUCCCCGCCGUCGCCAGCAGUCUGGGACAACAGCAGCACCCCUCAGAACACCCCGAUCAGCAGACCUCAGGUGCCGCAGCCGACGCACAGUUCAUCGCCGCCGUACCUGGAGGAUUAUAAUAACCACUGGUACCAGCAGGGAUCACACCUACAGCACCCGGGAACCGUUCACCACCCAGUCCCGCAGCAAAGCGUGGGAGCUGUUUAUUAACACUGACUCAAGAGCAGAUUUCUGUCUUCGGUUUUACUUCAAACGAGGUCUCUCCACAAUGACUCUGCAGAGAAAACGAUGACUGGACCGGGAGAUAAACCUGAGAUGAAACAUUGCUGUUUUUUUAGAUGAUCAAGAAUGUUUCAGAACUGGGUUUCCAUUCACAAAAGCACAUAAGGGAUUUCUGAUCACUUGUGGCAGCAUAUUUAACGGACAUCUGGCGUGUUUUUAAAUUAUUUAUCGCUUCAGUUUUUCCUUACCUUCUUUUGUAAAUGAAUAAAUGGUAAAUAUGCAAGUUUUUUUUUUUUUUAAGAAAUAAAUAAGAUGCCUAUACACAACCCGAAUAAUAGCAAAAAGAAAAACAAAAAAACAAAGCAAAAAACAAAACUGUGCGGUUGAUCCAUGCUACAUCAAAUCUCGUGGGUUUGUAGAGAGCGCUCAAAACAACUCAGGUCAUAUUUAUAUGGAUUUGUACAAAAUGUCGAAGGCUGUAAAUAUGUGUUUAUAUGCAGAACCACUAUGAUCAUAUUUGUUCAAACGGAACGACUGCACUGUGGUGCUUUCAAAAACCUUUUUUGUUUUUUGUUUUUUAUAUUCAUGUAAUUAGUCCACUUGUUGCCUUCCUGUCAAUUGAAUAAAGGUGUUAAUUGUA